AUGGCGCAUCAAGAACAGGCGUCAUCCUCGGUUGCUACCACUUCCGUCGCAGCGGGCGAAUCGACGGCCAUCUCCUCAUUAAAAUUCGUAAUCUCUAAUCUCAAGUUCUUAGUGCCUUGCGCCCUCACUCUGGACAACUUCCCGAUUUGGAGCACUCAAAUCGCCAAGUUAUUUCGUGCGAACGGGUUCACAGCAUUUCUUGAUCCCAAAAACUCUUCGAAAAAUGCUGAUCCGAACAUCGAUACGCGAUCUUGGAUGGUCACUGAUCAGAAUUUGGCAACGGCCAUGUGCUCCACCAUCUCACCGGAGGUUCUUCCCUACGUGAUUCAUCUUGAAUCCACCCAAGAAAUAUGGGCCACUCUUCACACCCGAUUUCAAUCCUCUAAUCGCUCGAAGGUAAUCCAGCUUAAACACGAGUUACAUAACAUCUCUAUGGAGACGAGGUCUAUGACUCAGUACCUUACUGAGAUCAAGAAAAUCGUCGAUCAAAUUGCUUCGGCCGAUUCCUCGGUUGAUCCCGAAGACGUCAUCAUUUACAUCUUAAACGGCCUUCCACCGGCAUACCAGUCAUUCACCACUACCAUCCGAACUAUGCAAGGUUCGCUGUCCCUCGACACUUUAUAUGCGCUCCUUAUCAUCGAAGAAAUCCAUCUCAAGUCGGCGGCAUUAAAAUUUCCCAAACUGCCGGACAACCAAUCGGCACUAUACUCCGUUCGAGGCCGCGGUAGAUGA